AUGAAAGCCUCACACACCCAGGCGGCCCUAUUCGCCGGCGCCCUCCUCCCUUCUCUCGCGUCCUCUCAAUUCUGCCCGGACUACUCCUCCUACUCACAAACCCGACACGAGCCCUUCUCCUCGGGCAAGCACGCCCUCGCCUCGAUGCGCCCGUUCGCGCCCUGCCGCACCUUCAACUCAACCGCCGUCGAGUCCCUCCUGGUCAACGUCACCAAAUCCAUCACUGACCCGGACCUCGCCCGGCUGUUCGAAAACACCUUCCCCAACACACUCGACACCGCCAUCCGCUGGCGCGGCCACGCCGCCGACAAUGCCGACGAGGAACUCGCCUUCAUCAUCACGGGCGACAUCGACGCCAUGUGGCUGCGCGACAGCGCCAACCAGCUGCAGUCGUACGUGUCGCUACUCGAGCCCGACGCGGCCCCCGGAAAACCCGAUUCCAUCGCGAGCCUGUACCGCGGCGUCAUCAACCUGCAGGCGCGGUACCUACUGACUGCGCCGUUCUGCAACUCGUUCCAGCCGCCUGUGGAGAGCGGGAUCGCGCCAGUGAAUAAUACGGCGGCUGUGGCCGACAAGGUGACGCCCGGGUAUGAUGCGGGGGAGGUGUUUGAGUGCAAGUACGAGCUGGAUAGCUUGGCGGCGUUCUUGCAGAUUUCCGUCGACUACUACGAGUCGACGCAGGAUGUGGCAUUUUUCGAGCGGUUUCAAUGGUUGGACGCGCUGCAGACCGUGUUGGACACGGCGAGGGCGAUGCAGGCGGGGACGUAUGCGAAGGAUGGGUCGGUGAAUAAGAGCCCGUAUACGUUUACGCGGCCGUCGGCGCGGGCGACCGAGACGUUGGCGAAUGAUGGACUGGGGAGUCCGGUGCGGGAGACGGGGCUGAUUCGGAGUGCAUUCCGGCCAAGUGACGACGCGACGCUGUUUCAGUUCUUGGUGCCGUCGAAUAUGUUGUUUGCACGGUACCUGGAGAGUGCGAGUUAUAUUGUGGCGGAGCUCGCUCAGAAACAGGGCGACGGAGGCGAUAAUGGAAGCCAGCACAGCCACAAGAAACGAGCAACCGUCCCAGCCAACCUCGCCGACGACAUGAACACCUUCUCACAGGAACUCCGCAAAGCGAUCACCAAGUACGCCGUGGUGCCCGUGACCACGGCAUCCGACAACGGCACGACCUCGAUCGAGACGGUCUACGCCUACGAAGUGGACGGUUACGGCGGGGCCAACCUCAUGGACGACUCCAACGUGCCCAGCCUGCUUGCGGCGCCCGUGUUCGGCUAUUUAGGUAGCAUCGACCCCGUCUACCAACGCACGCGCGCUCGGCUCCUCAGCGCCGACGAGAACCCGUAUUUCAUGACGGGGACGGUGCUGAAUUCGAUCGGGGGACCACAUGCCGGGCCGGGCAUGGCGUGGCCUAUGGCCAGCGUUGUGCGGAUUCUGGGCUCAGACGACGACAAGGAGAUUGUCGAGGUGUUGAGGGAGUUGGUCGGUUCGACGGAUGGGCUGGGGUUGAUGCAUGAGAGUGUCAACUCGAACGAUGCUAGCAAAUGGACCAGGCAGUGGUUCUCGUGGGCCAACGGCUUAUUUGGCCAAAUGAUACUCGACCUGCGAUUCCGCAAGCCGGAGUUGCUCAAGACGAGUUUCCAGUGA